CGCCUGAUUCAGAGUUAAAGCGAGUAAAGAGCGAGGCGGGCGAGAUCGUGACUGCACAUGGGGGGCCACAAGUUACCCUGCCCGGCCUGGCGCCUGGGGGCUUUUCUGUGCACUUUACAGGUCUUGGUCUCUGUGAGUGCUAGCUCUUCAGCGUGUCAGCCCGGCUUCUCUUCCCACGAGUAUAUCUUUGCCGUGAACCGUAGGGAACUGAAGAAGGAUAAGAAGCUUGGAACAGUACCGUUUGUUGACUGCACUGCUCGGAAACACGGUAAAUUUGAUGUUGGCGAUCCCCGCUUCCUGGUGCUCGCCGACGGCAGCUUGAUUGCAAAACGGCACGUAAAGCUCCAUGACGCCACCAAGUUUCAUGUCAAUACAUGGGACGCCCGGGGGACGAAAUAUUCCACGGCGGUCACUAUAAAACGACUGCAUCGGCCUAAAGAGAAGUCUCAUCGCAAAGGAAAACUCCCGGUGCUGACUUUUCCUGAGAAACAGGGCGGCCUGAAGAGAAGGAAGAGGGACUGGGUCAUCCCACCCAUCCACAUGUCCGAGAACGAUAGGGGCCCUUUUCCUAAAAGACUUGUACAGAUUAAAUCCAACAAGCAGACAAAUAUUUUAUACAGCAUCACGGGGCAGGGUGCAGAUACCCCUCCAGAGGGAGUGUUCAGUAUUGAGAAGGCGACUGGCUGGAUGUUGGUGAACAAGCCUUUGGACCGUGAAAAACAAGCAACGUACACUCUCCAGUCUCAUGCAGUGUCUGUGAGCGGCCAGUCCGUGGAGGAGCCCAUGGAAAUCAUCAUCAAUGUUCUGGAUCAGAACGAUAACCGACCCAUGUUCACAGAAGAAGUGUUUAGAGGUUCGGUGCGAGAAGGCGUUCCCCCAGGAACGCCCUUCAUGAACGUAACCGCGACGGAUGACGAUGACCCCGAAACGGAAAACGCUAUUCUUGGCUAUUCCAUUCUAAAGCAGGAGCCUGAAGAUCCGGCAGCCGGGCUCUUCACCAUCAAUAGCGUGACCGGCGUGAUCAGUGUGAUUGGGACGGGGCUGGACAGGGAGCGGAUACCAGAAUAUGUGCUGACUGUACAGGCUGCCGACAUGGAGGGGAACGGGCUGGCCUGCACCGCCAAAGCAAUUAUCCAGAUAGGGGACGCCAACGACAACCCCCCUGUCUUCGAUCCUGUGAAGUACACGGCUCUCGUGCCAGAAAACGAAGUUGGAUUCGAAGUCCAGAGGUUGUUGGUAACGGACGCCGAUGAGAUGAAUUCUCCCGCAUGGCGUGCAGUCUAUAAGAUAAAGGCGAAUGAAGGCGGAUUCUUCUCUAUUACCACAGACAAAGAUACCAACGAAGGAAUCCUGACUACAGCCAAGGGUUUGGAUUUUGAGACCAGAAAGCAGUUUGUGCUGCAGAUCACGGUGGAGAAUGAAGAACGUUUUGCGGUCCCUCUGCUAACCUCAACCGCCACGGUGACUGUGAAUGUGGAAGACGUCAACGAGGCCCCAUUCUUCAUCCCACAAGUCAGUGUGGUGGAUGUGUCAGAGGACUUGCCACGUGAGCAGAAGAUCACGGCCCUGGUGGCCCAGGAUCCUGACAAGCAGCAGAACCAAAAGCUCAGGUACAGGAUUGGUAAUGACCCUGCUCGAUGGGUCACCAUAAAUGAGGAAACCGGCAUCGUCACUGGAAACGGCAACUUGGAUCGGGAGUCUGAAUUUGUGAAGAACAACAACUACACCAUCAUUGUGAUGGUAAUAGAUGAUGGAAUUCCAUUUGCUACCGGCACCGGUACGCUCGUUCUACAAGUGCUUGACGUCAAUGAUAACGGUCCUGUCCCCAACCCUCGUGCUUUCACCAUCUGCAGCCGGAACCCCGAGCCGUUUGAGUUCAUGGUUACUGACGCUGACCUUCCGCCAAACACCCACCCUUUUGAAGUAGAGCUCACUCAUGGUUCUGAUGUGGCCUGGACAGCGGAGAUGAAAGGAACAAAUUACAUGUUUGUUCAACCCAAAGAAGAGCUGAAGGCUGGAGACUACAAUCUGUACGUUCGCUUGUAUGAUGCCCAGAGGCGAGCCCAGGUCACGGUCGUCAACGCUACAGUGUGCAACUGUGAAGGCAAUGCAGUCUCCUGUCUAGAGAAGAUUGUUGAUGGUUUCGAUCUGCCCAUUAUCCUGGUCAUACUGGGAGCAGUUUUGGCACUUCUAAUCCUGAUCCUGCUGCUAUUGCUCUUCUUGAAGAGGAAGAAGGUGGUCAAAGAACCGUUGCUGCUUCCGGAGGAUGAGACCAGAGACAACAUCUUCUAUUAUGGAGAAGAGGGAGGAGGAGAGGAAGAUCAGGAUUAUGACCUGAGUCAGCUCCACCGUGGACUAGAUGCCCGACCUGACGUUAUGAGGAACGAUGUGGUCCCCUCCUUUAUGCCUGCACCCAUGUACAAACCCAUACCAUCAAACCCUGAUGAAAUUGGGAACUUCAUAGAGGAGAACCUCCAUGCGGCGGAUAAUGACCCCACUGCUCCUCCAUACGACUCCCUCCUUGUGUUUGACUAUGAAGGUAGCGGAUCCGAAGCGGCUUCUCUUAGUUCCAUAAACUCUUCCAGCUCGGAUGCUGACCAGGAUUAUGACCAACUCAACGAAUGGGGUCCUCGCUUCCGGAAAUUAGCAGAUAUGUACGGUGGCGACGAAGACUAGUUUGUUGGAGACGAGUAUGACAGUCAGAUAUGGUGUCCAAACUAGAACUUCUACCACAUCGCCUUAAACACUGGUCCAUAAACUUUUUAUUUUUUAAGCCUGAGCUGAAGAGGCUUCAUCUUGUAUUGUACCUUGAACCACUACAUGCAUGUUUUUUUUUAUAUAAGGUUUUUUGUUUUUGUUACCCCUGGCUCUUGUGCUUUACAUCUGUGCUAUGAAACCAAAAAUUUUCCAUCGGUCGGUCCAGCUGCAAUGCUUAAGAAUGGGGGAAAUAACCAAAAGCCAGCGCCUGAAGAGGUGCUCAUGAUGCCUUCAAGAUAGGGCUCAGCCGUGCCUUCCUUUAGACACCUCGGACGAUGCUGUAUUUCAUCGUUGCCUUGUUUUUAGCGUUUUGUCUAUCACCCAAUAGCACCAUUAAGACUUUUAGCCCAUCUACAUCACAUUGACAAUUGCCUUUCUUCUGGAUUUUGGCCACACAAGAAUGGAAGAUGCUUUACACUGGAACAAUGCGUGACCUACAAAGACUCCCCACCUGUGCACUGGUCUAGUGAUGGCCAUACAAACCCCUCGUCAUAUGGCUGUGACUCAUUGGAUAAUGAGGUCACGGCAAAACUUGUUUUUUUUGCCUCAGAGACCCCUUUAAUUCAUUUAGUUUCCCAAACUCUUAUCUUGGUAGGGUGGAUCUGAUUUUUUUUUCUUUAUUUUUGUAUGGUUUUUGUUUUUUUAAGCUCUACCCUUUUUUUCUUUUUUCUUUUUUUUUUUUUUAAAUUCACAAUUUGGGUUAUUGCAGCAGGUUUUUAUAUUGAUUCAUUGUGUGUACUAUUUAUAAGAAUAAAUUGUUUUUCUAACUUGUGUUAAACUUGCAAGAAAAAAUUUGAUGUAAAAUACCCAAAUACAU